AACAGGCUGCGUCGGCGGCGAUUCGCCGGUGGUGAUCGAUUGGCGUGCUGGUGCGGAGGAUAAAAGUCGUGUUGGAGGAGGUCAGUCAGGAGUCUCACAGACAAGUCAGGAAAAUGAAGUUUCAUCUGGUGCUGCUGCUUCUGCUGCUGCCGCUCUGCUCAGCCGAGGACUUUUACCUGGAGUGUUACGGAGAGGACUUCUUCAUGGUCAACAACCUGCUGCUGCAGUGCAGAGGCAAAGUCCAGCAGGCCUGCUACACCAGAAGUAACGGAGAAAAAGGUUGCACUCGGCUGGAAAACUGCUCCCGACUGGGAUGGAGCUGCUGCCACACCAACCGCUGCAACGCCGGGACGUCGUAGCGGAGAGUUCGGGGGGUUCAAACGUGUGUCAACACAGAAAAUAAAAGUGUUUUUUGGGCUGGA